GGCGGCGAUGUCGGACAGCGGGGCGAGCCGCCUGCGGCGGCAGCUGGAGUCGAGCGGCUUCGAAGCGCGGCUGUACGUGAAGCAGCUGUCGCAGCAGUCGGACGGCGACCGCGACCUGCAGGAGCACCGGCAGCGCAUCCAGGCGCUGGCCGAGGAGACGGCGCAGAGCCUGAAGCGCAACGUGUACCAGAACUACCGGCAGUUCAUCGAGACGGCGCGCGAGAUCUCCUACCUGGAGAGCGAGAUGUACCAGCUCAGCCACCUGCUCACCGAGCAGAAGAGCAGCCUCGAGAGCAUCCCGCUCGCGCUGCUGCCCGCCGCGGGCGCCGGGGCCGGGCCGGGGCCGGGGCCGGGGGCUGACGAGGGCGCCGACCGCCUCCGCGGCGCGGCCGGCCUCUUCCCCGCGGUCCCCGGUCCCCGCGACGGCGCGCCCGGCGAGGACGGCCGGCAGCGCACGCUGACCACGCUGCUGGAGAAGGUGGAGGGCUGCCGGCCGCCGCUGGACACGCCGGGCCAGCGCCUGGUGUACAACGGGGACCUGCUGGAGUACGAGGCGGACCACAUGGCGCAGCUGCAGCGCGUGCACGCCUUCCUCAUGGACGACUGCCUGCUCGUGGCCACCUGGCUGCCGCAGCGGCGCGGCCGGUACCGCUACAACGCGCUCUACCCGCUGGACGGGCUGGCCGUGGUCAACGUCAAGGACAACCCGCCCAUGAAGGACAUGUUCAAGCUGCUCAUGUUCCCCGAGAGCCGCAUCUUCCAGGCGGAGAACGCCAAGAUCAAGCGGGAGUGGCUGGAGGUGCUGGAGGACACCAAGCGGGCCCUGGGCGAGAAGCGGCGCCGCGAGCAGGAGGAGGCGGCGGCCGCCCCCCGAGCGCCGCCCCACGGGGCCCCCAGGCCCGGGAACCCCUUCGAGGACGAGGACGAGCAGGAGCCGGCCGCGCCCGCGGCGGACGAGGACAAGGUGGACCUGUCGGCGGAGUGGGUGCAGGAGCUGCCCGAGGACCUGGACGUGUGCAUCGCCCAGCGCGACUUCGAGGGGGCCGUGGACCUGCUGGACAAGCUGGAGCGGUACCUGCAGGACAAGCCCAGCCCGCCCCCCGUGAAAGAACUCCGGGCCCGCGUGGACGAGCGCGUUCGGCAGCUCACCGAGGUGCUCGUGUUCGAGCUGUCCCCGGACCGGUCCCUGCGCGGAGGCCCCAAGGCCACUCGCAGGGCAGUGUCGCAGCUGGUCCGCCUCGGCCAGGGCACCAAGGCCUGCGAGCUGUUCCUGAGAAACCGGGCGGCCGCGGUGCGCACCGCGAUCCGUCAGCUCCGCAUCGAGGGCGCCACCUCACUCUACAUCCACAAGCUGUGCCACGUCUUCUUCACCAGCCUCCUGGAGACCGCCCGGGAGUUCGAGACGGACUUCGCGGGCACCGACAGCGGCUGCUACUCCGCCUUCGUGGUGUGGGCGAGGUCGGCCAUGGGCACGUUCGUGGACGCCUUCAGCAAGCAGGUGUUCGACAGCAAGGAGAGCCUGUCCACAGCGGCCGAGUGUGUCCGAGUGGCGAAGGAGCACUGCCAGCAGCUGGGGGACAUCGGGCUGGACCUCACCUUCAUCAUGCACGCCCUGCUGGUGAAGGACAUCCAGGGCGCCUUGCACUGCUACAAGGAGAUCAUCAUCGAAGCCACGAAGCACCGCAACUCUGAGGAGCUGUGGCGCAGGAUGAACCUGAUGACCCCCGAGGCCCUGGGCAAGCUCAAGGAGGAGAUGAAGAGCUGCGGGGUGAGCAGCUUCGAGCAGUACACGGGGGACGACUGCUGGGUGAACCUGAGCUACACUGUGGUGGCCUUCACCAAGCAGACCAUGGGCUUCCUGGAAGAGGCACUGAAGCUGUACUUCCCGGAGCUGCACAUGGUGCUUCUCGAGAGCCUGCUGGAGAUCAUCUUGGUGGCUGUUCAGCACGUGGAUUAUAGUCUGCGGUGUGAGCAGGACCCGGAGAAGAAGGCUUUCAUCAGACAUAACGCAUCCUUCCUGUACGAGACAGUGCUCCCUGUGGUGGAGAGAAGGUUCGAGGAAGGCGUGGGGAAACCUGCCAAGCAACUGCAGGACCUGAGGAGCACAGCGAGGCUUGUGCGCGUGAACCCCGAGAGCACGACGUCAGUGGUCUGAUGCGCGGGUCCGUGCAGACGUGGGUCCGUGCAGACGUGGGUCCGUGCAGACGUGGGUCCGUGCAGACGUGGGUCCGUGCAGACGUGGGUCCGUGCAGACGUGGGCGCACACGCUGCUUGUACCUAUAGUUUACAGCAGGUUGCGUUAGCAUAGUCUUUAUAGCCUCCAACACAGCUUAAAAAUAAAAAGAGCUCUCAGAAAUACAAAAUGAAGAGAGAAAAUAAUGUCCAAUGAAGCCCAAAUAACAAAAGUAUUGACACUACUGAGACAUGUCACAUGUAGUAUGCUUUCCUUUUAAAUUAUGCUGAUGCUCUAAUGAACGUGUGAUCACACUAUAGUAUUGCAGCUUAUUCUUUGAGUCAACACACUUUCUCACAGUACGUAUACAUAUGUGUAUUAUGCAGCACAGACAAAUAGUAUCUAAAUACAUAGAGUUUAAGCAUGUCGUGAAAGUUUCCCAGUUCCUUAAAUGUCAGGUUUCUGAAAGGGUACAGCGCCAUAUAACACACCCUGCGUCCUGUACUGCCCCUCCUCAAAGUGUGACUGAACAUGUGAGGAAAAGGAAGGAGUUGGGAAAGGUGGUUUCAGAGUAAAUUUUAGUCAAAAGAAUUCUUUCUUGAAGCUAGCUGGCGUGUGGACUCAGCGGCUCCUCCCAUCCGUGUACAAUGCAAGAGGAAGCGUUCAUAAAAGCAAUUCAGCAAACGUUUCCAACACAAUUUGAAUGGCUGAUUAUUUUCCAUUGCUAAUUAGUAGCUUCGUGGUAUUUGAUAGGGGAGUAUUGAUUUGGAAAUCUUAAGGACUGUGAUUAAUUUUUUUCCAACAUAUUCCUUUUCCAACAUAUCCUGGAAUUGUGUGAACUUCCAGAUAGAGCUUUUCUCUUUAUAUUGAAAAAUAAUAACAAACAGGAACACUGAAGAGUCUGGUGGCAGCCAGUGAUUUUAGUUAGCUCUCCUCCCACUCCCACCCACCCCUGCUCAGGCUUCAUGCAAAUGGAAAAAAAGUUUUCGUUGAAAUAUUUAUUUAGAUUUGAGAGUCUGGAUGGAUGGGAAAUUCUAAAAAAUCAUAUGCAGAUCCCAUGUUCUCAAGCAUGACCACUGUGAGCAGAGGUUUGUUUUUGUAUUUUUGUACUAACGUGGAGAACAGGUGAGACAGGGUACCCAAGGCAAAGAAAACUUUUGUGACCUAGAAUGCCCCGUGCUCCAUUUUUUGUGUUUUAUUUUUUUAUUUUCCUUGCUUUGCUUUUAAAAGUGAAUAUAAUGCUUCCUUCAGAUUGUUUAGUAAAGCAAAAAUAAAAACAAAAAUAACUAAAGAAACGUGAGCUUCCCCAGGUUUCUAAACUGUUGCUUGUAUCAUUUAUUGACGAUUGACAGGAGCUGCUAGCUGACAUCUGCGUUUCCCUAGCUUUUAGUUGUCAUUCUUGUCCGUAAGUGCCAUUUUUUGAUGCCCACUUCACAAGAUCAUUUCUUUUAUCUGAAUAAAAAUGGUGGUAUUAAGGCUGUGAAACUUAACGUAAAACCAAAAACAAAUUCCAAAUAGUGGCUCACAGUUGUAAAACUGCUUGAUUUCAUCACUCCUGUGCCAAACCAGCCCUUUUAUUUAUUUUUAAGCUGUGCAUAUUUAAAAGGUUGAAAAUUAUCAGUUACAGAUUUUCUUUGAUUUGAUUUUUAAUUUUUUUCACAUAACUUGAGGAUUUUCUAGACAACCAUAACUGGAUAUCUCAGCUGAACCAAGACAGUUACAAUUUGUCUUUUUAAGGAACACUGGAAACUUGAAUUAGAUAAAAUUUUGUGAUUAUUACAAUUAUUUUGUGCCAUUUACGGUUUCUGAUACAUUGUAUGAAACGCGUAUUGGGUAAAGAUAUGGUGCUGGGUCCGUGAAAUGAUACUUAUGAAACCAAAAUUCCUCUUAAGGCACGAAGUUGUGAAAACUUAAAUGUGUAUACUUAGAGGAUUAAGUGGUGCUUCUUCAUAGAACUGACUGCUUUUUACAACUGGAAGGACAGAAUUUUCUUCUGUUAAACUUUGUGUGUUCCUGAGUCAGAGUUGUGGCCAAAGGGAGUACGCCACAACUGUGGAGAAUCGAUUAGUGUGGGAAUUGAUUAGAGACCACCGGCCUUGUGAUGCCCCCGUGUGCCCAGACAGCAGUUCCCUUCCUUUCCUCAAAGUGGAGUCAGAGCUCUUCGUGCUCAUUCUUUUUUGUUACAUUAGACUCCAGAACAAGUUCUAAGAAUUGAGCGCAACUAGCGAUUUUCUAGAAAUACACUGAAAUGUACCACUUAAGCACUGGUUGCCUUUUGCUGUUUGCUUCAGGCCUAACGCUGUCACCGGAGCUUAGACUCACAGGCUGGACUGAAUUAAUUGCUGUUGGGGAAAAAAGACAGCCCGUGGAAUUAAGCCUCUUUUUGAUUAAAGCCUCAUUUCACUUAAGUGCUGAAAACGAACUUAUUUUUGUUUAAAAUACUACCUAUGGUUUAAUUAUGGGCACUUGGAUUUUGCAACUUGAUAUGGAUCUGACACGUGGUAUAAAAUCAGUAUGUGUACAUUUCGCUUAUCAAUAUGCUGCAAUAUGAGGGAAUCUGAAAUGUUUUAUAAAAAUAAAGCUUAAA